AUAUAGGGCAGUUAUGCUGUUGGGAGCCAUGGAAUGGCAACCUACGUCUUCCGCUGUAACUCUAAUCGCUCUUGGCUGUUACCUCGUGAGCCAUAUAUGGUAUACACGUCCGUACAUGCCUCUUAUUAUCUUUUCCUAUAUCAACUGUAGGCUCCUUGAGACUUGAAACCUUUUGGGGACCGUUGAGUCGUCGGCAGAUCGGAUCAUCACUAGGGUUUCCUUCAACUUGUGCAUCAUCACCCGGGUCAAUGGUGAUCAUCUAAGUCUCCAAAGCUCCUUCUGGUUCGUUCUCCUUCGUCAUCCUCUAUUCGAGGCAAGAUACAUGAGUCCUACUUCUAUCUUCGUCUCCUCCUAUUUUCACUUUUUCUACUUCUUGGGGAAGAAAGAUGUCGUUCCAAUCCAUCCAAGCCCUCUCGCCAGGGGACCAGAUCCUCUUUAACCGGUUCGGCCGCGGCCAGACAUACCCGCUCGCCUACGACACCGUUACGGCCGCCUUUGAUGCCAUCGUCGAGUCGUACCCUUACUCAACGGCAGUUCGCGAGUGCUACGGCUUCGAACGCACCAUCACAUACGCUGAGUUGGACUGGCGCUCCAACAUCAUCGCCAACCACCUCAUCGGCGACCAUGGACUUCAACCGGGGCAGCGCGUCGUCUGUGUCUACUCACGAUGUAUCGAGAUGUGCGCUUUCAUCUUCGGCGUCAUGAAGGCGGGUGGACAGUACGUGCCCAUUGAUGGAGCCGUCAUGGUCGAGGAAAGCUUGGAGCAUGUGAUUCGAGACUCCGAAGCACCGAUAGUCCUUUGUCUUUCCAAUUUCAGGGAAAAGGUGGAGAGAAGCCUACCCGAGAGCAGCCAGGCUAGGAUCGUUGCUCUUGAUACGGUUGAUCCAAUAUGGAAAAAGGGCGACACGCGCGCGCCUUCUGUGGAUAUUGGUCCUGAGGACGGGGCUUACGUUAUUUAUACGUCAGGGACUACAGGAAAGCCCAAGGGCGUGGAUGUGAAGCACGAGGGGACAUGCAAUACCCUGCUUAAUGAACCGUCCAAGCUCGGCAUCACGGUUGGCACCAACGUGGCUUGUGUGCUGAUGCUCGGUUUCGAUAUGUGCGCUUGGGAGAUCCUCGGUACCCUAAUGAACGGCGGAACACUGAACCUGCGCGGUCCCAGCCGACCUGGCGGCGAUAGAGAAGUCUGGAAUACGUGCUUGAGCAGAGUCGACGUCGUCAUCACGACCCCCUCGGGGGCCCAGAAGUACCUGCCCCGCCAAGCCGAGUAUCCCAAUGUCAAGACCAUCGCCGUGGGCGGAGAGCCGUGUCCACUGUCUUUGGCGGACGAAUGGGCGCCGCACAUCAAUUUCUGGAAUGUCUGCGGUCCCACGGAGAUUUCGAUUCUCAACACAGCCCAUCUUCACAAAGUUGGCACCAAGCUGGCUAUUGGGAAACCCAAUCCGAACACCAAUGUGUAUAUCCUGGACGAGGAGCAGAAUCCCGUCAAGAUCGGAGAGCCUGGGUUGAUGUGGGUUGGCGGGUUAGGCGUAUCCAGGGGUUACCUCAACUCGCCGAAACUGACAGAGGAGCGCUACAAGGUGGAUAAGUUCGCCAACGACGGCCGAAUGAUGUUCAACACAGGUGAUCUCGGAAGAUGGUUGGACAAUGGCACCCUGGAGCAUCUUGGCCGCAAAGAUGACCAAGUCAAGAUCAAGGGUUGCCGAGUUGAGCUCGAUGGCGUCUCAUCUUCUAUCGAAAAGUUCCCUUCUGUCGACAAAGCCUGUGCUCUCAAGAUCGGCGAAGAGCUCUGGGCGUUUUACUCGGCCUCCGGGGCUGUCAAUGAGACCGCCCUGCAAAAGCAUCUGGCGACGUGUCUCAAUCACUACGCCCGACCGUCCAAACUGAUCAACAUGGUCGUGGUUCCUCUUACUCCCGGCGGCAAGAUUGAUAAGAAGGCCCUCAAAGCGCUAGCCGAGGAGAAACUGGAAGCCAGCAGGCAGUUGACCGAGAAGGCCGCGUCCGAAAAGCGAUUGACGAAUAUCGUGGUGUCGGAAAAGCCCAUGCCCGUUCAAACACCGCCGCAGUACUCCAAGGAAAACGAGCUGCCCGGCAUGAAUCACUUCGACAUAACGGAGAAGGGCUUGAAGGACGACACCUCGUCGACCAACGAACUCAUGGACGGAAAGGAGAUCGAACUCCCGCAGAAGAAGGGCUGGCACGGCCAGCGCUGGCUGCGGCACAAGGGUCUCAACGCGUACAGGAAGCUCUUCAUCUUCGUCUUCAUGAUCAACGUCUUCGCCUUCAUCGGCAUGAUCUACGGCACUGUCGGCGGCCUCCCCAUCGACGGCCUCGCCACUGCCGUGGCCGCCAAUCUCUUGGCUUCCGUAGCCUUCCGCCAGGACCACGUUGUCAAUACCGUUUUCUGGCUCGCCACCCGCUGGCCAACUUCAGCCCCGCUCUGGAUUCGUCGGCACUUCGCCCGCUGCUAUCACAUGGGCGGGAUUCAUUCCGCCGGCGCGGUGAGCGCGACGAUCUGGUGGAUCAUCUUCGCCGUGCAGUCGACGAUGUACUUCGUCAACGGGUCCCAAAUCUACCCCAUCAACGCCGCCACCGUGGCGCUAACCUUCGUCGUCCUCGCCUUGUUUCUGGCCAUCCUCGUCAUGUCGUACCCCUCCAUCCGGAUGAAAAUGCACGACCAAUUCGAAUGGACGCACCGCUUCGCGGGCUGGACGGCGCUCGUGAUGGUCUGGGCCCACAUCGUCGUUUCCACGGCUUCCAUCUCGCAGGCGAGCGACCAACCCCUGUCCCUGGCCCUGUCCCAGAGUCCAGCCAUGUGGCUGGUGGUCUUCAUCACCCUCUCCAUCGCGCUGCCCUGGAUGCGGCUGAGACAAGUAAACGUCAUCCCCGAGCCGCUUUCAAAUCAUGCCGUCCGUCUGCACUUCGACUUCUGUACUCCUCCCCCCGGAAGGGGAAUCCGCAUUACCGACAGCCCUUUGCGGGAAUGGCACGCCUUCGCCACCAUCACCGAGCCGGGCAAAGCCGGCUUCAGCAUCAUUGUGUCUCGUGCAGGCGACUGGACCGGCCGCAUUAUUGAGAACCCACCGACAAAAAUCUGGACCCGAGGUAGUCCUGCCUCAGGCGUCCUCCGCGUCGCUCCUUUGUUCAAGAAAAUAGUGCUUGUGGCCACAGGCUCGGGCAUAGGACCCUGCAUGCCCGUCAUCAUGGCGGGGAAAGUCUCGUGUUGUGUAUUUUGGUCUACGCCCAACCCGGAGAAGACGUACGGCGAGAUCAUUCUCAAGGCGGUCCAGGCCACGGAUGCGGGCUCCGUGAUAUGGAAUACGCGGACGCAGGGACGUCCUAAUAUGGCGCUCGAGGCGUACAAAAUGUAUAAGGAGAGUGGGGCUGAAUGUGUGUGUGUUAUUUCGAACAAGGUGGUUACCACCAAGCUGAUUUAUGAUCUGGAAACGAGGGGAGUUCCGGCUUUUGGACCUAUUUGGGAUUCUUAAAGAAAGAGCGGGUAAGAUUUACUUUGAAAGCAUUUAUUACCAUUAUAUUCAAAAGUUUCAUAUGUUAUCUAAGUGGAAAUACUACUGGUGUGUGAAAGUGAUGGGAC